AUGGAGGCAUUUACAUUUGCUACUUCCACGCAGGUGGACUUCCCAAUUCACGUCAGAAUUGGCUCGUUGGAAGGAAAGCAGAAAAACAUCCCCUUCUCCGUCUUGCUGAAACAGCCGGAGCUGCGACAUAUCGGCUCAUCCCAGAAUCCCGUCUCCGAUCUGUUCGUUACGGCACAGCUAUGGUCCGAUUCGAAACCGUUGGGAGUACCGGUACAGACCUCGUACAAGGCGUUCAAGGCCCGGCGGGUAUGGAAUGAGUGGAUGCAGAUGCCAAUGUCGGUCAAGGAUGCUCCGUCCAAGUGUCAAUUAACUAUCACGGUCUGGGACCUGUCCCCAUUUGCCGGCGAAGGGGCACAUGGCCAUUACAUCCCGUUUGGUGGAACAACUAUCCCGAUAUUCGAUGACGAGGGUAAAUUGAAGACGGGGAGGCAGAAAUGCAAGAUCUAUCGUCAUAAAGCUGCCGAUGGCAUGUCGUCGACUACCACUCCGUCGAGCCCACCUCCGAAGCGACGCAAGGCCCAAAAUCCCGAUCCGUUAGGUCCGUCGGUGGAGGAAUUGGAGCUGGAAAGAGUAGAGGUCCUGAUCAAGAAACACGAGAUGGGCGAAAUACCGCGGAUCGACUGGAUGGACCAGAUGGUUUUCCGACAGCUGGAGAAGCUCAAGCUGAAUGCUGAUGAGGCUGCGAGGAAACGGGCGAUCCGUCUAAAAGCUACGAAGCAAAAGACUGCGCAAGACGAUGAGGAUGAUGACGAGUCCGAUCAAGAUACGGACGAUGAAAAUUUCGUUCUAUACGUUGAAUUUCCACGCUUCGAUCAUCCUAUCGUUUGGACAGACUAUCAAUAUCCUCCGCCACCCGUUUCGGCGCAUCUUCAAAAUACACCUGCAAACCAGGCUGCAUUGAAGCCCCUUCCGGAAGUCCGUUUCGGCCCUGGGAUUGAGGGUGGUGAGGCUGUCAUUAGGAUCUAUGAUCCUGAAUUAGGUCAGACAGGGAACCCGUGCGAGGAUAAACACAGAAGAUUAAUUCGCAGUCAUCGCACCGGUAUUAUGGACCGUGACUUGAAGCCAAACCCCAAGAUCCGCGAUGAACUAAACACCAUUCUCUCUUAUGAACCAACACAGGAUCUCAGCGCCGAAGAGAAGGAUCUUAUCUGGAGAUUUAGAUACUUUUUGGCUCGCGAGAAGAGAGCACUUACCAAAUUCGUCAAGUCGGUUAACUGGCGAGAUGUUGGAGAAUCCCAACAAGCAGUGGACAUUCUUCCGAAAUGGACAGAAAUUGAUGUCGACGAUGCCUUGGAACUUCUUGGUCCUACGUUCGAUAAUGCUGCAGUUCGCUCUUACGCUGUAGAAAGACUUCGAAAGGCUGAUGAUGAUGAAUUACUUCUAUACCUUCUGCAACUAGUCCAAGCGCUGAAAUACGAAGACAGCCCUGAUGAAGAUCUACAAGAUACAGCGUAUGACUCUUCUUUGGCCAAUUUCCUUAUCUCGCGGGCUGCCAACAACUUCAAACUUGGAAGUUACCUACACUGGUAUCUGAUGGUCGAAUGCGAUGACGCUGGCCCGGGAACCUUGUCAGCACAGCGCAGGCUCUUCGCUCGUGUGGAAUACUAUUUCAUGGCAGAACUGGAGAAAGUCCAUUCAGAGAACAGGAAGACGCUUUUACGCCAGGGUGAACUUGUCGCUGUUCUCUCGAAAAUCGCCAAAGACAUUCGAUUCUCUCGAGAUACCCGGCCUUUGAAGAUCGAAAAGUUGAAAAGGUACUUGAAGGACCCGAAAAACGACAUUGCUCACAUAGAUCCGCCUUUGCCGUUGCCACUGGAUCCUGAUGUCUUAGUGACCGGCUGCUUCCCAGACGAAUCCAACGUUUUCAAGUCGUCUCUUUCUCCGCUAAAUGUUACCUUCAAAACGUCCGACGGGCGUAGAUACCCAAUCCUCUUCAAAGUCGGCGAUGAUCUUCGACAGGACCAGCUCGUUAUCCAAAUCAUCAUCCUCAUGGACCGUCUCUUGCAAAAGGAGAACCUGGACCUCAAACUCACACCAUACCGUAUCCUGGCGACCACUUCAACAGCAGGUGCUGUCCAGUUCAUACCAUCCACCUCCCUCUCCGCAGUCUCCGCCAAAUACAAAUCCGUCCUCGCCUACCUCAAGGCCAACAACCCCGACGACCAUGAGCCGCUUGGCGUCCGCAAAGAGACCAUGGAUACCUACAUCAAGUCUUGCGCCGGGUACUGCGUGAUCACUUACCUUCUCGGUGUAGGAGAUCGUCACCUGGAGAACCUUCUCCUCGCACCGGACGGUCAUUUCUUCCACGCGGACUUUGGCUUCAUCCUCGGUCGCGAUCCCAAACCCUUUGCACCCAUGAUGAAGCUCUGCAAGGAGAUGGUAGAGGGAAUGGGCGGGACCACGUCCCCUCUUUAUCUCCAGUUCAAGCAGUACUGCUUCACCGCGUACACAACACUGCGCAAGUCUGCGAACCUUAUUCUCAACCUUUUCAGUCUGAUGGUUGAUGCUAAUAUCCCCGAUAUACGGGUUGAACCGGAUAAGGCUGUUCUGAAGGUUAAGGAAAGGUUCCAUCUGGAGAUGACUGAGGAAGAGGCUAUAAGGCAUUUUGAACAGCUUAUUGGUGAUAGCGUCAAUGCUAUCUUUGGUGUGGUUAUUGAUAGGAUUCAUGACUUUGUGCAGGGGUGGAGAGCGUGA